UAAUUUUGUUUUCAUUGUUAUUUUACCUGAAUAAAAUUAAUUAAUUGAUAACAUAACAUCGAUUACUGAUAGUAAAGCAGCGAGAUAAAAAAUAUUAUGUAAUGCGGUUAAUUAUUGAGCAAAAUAUAGCUCUUUUAUUAGACGAAUUGUCUGCUAAGGUCAAGGAGUCCGAUGAAACUAAAAUAAUGUGGUUUAUAGUACUGUUAUAAGCGUGUAAUUAUAGUUUGUGGUCAAAAUCUUGUUGUCAUUUAAAAUUGUUGCAUUUUACUUAAUAAAGAGAAAAGUAACGAAAAUCUUAAAGAUUAUUUAUUUUAUAACAAAUGUUUUAAAAACUAUUAAAUUGUUAUAAAGUUACUAGGUUAAUUGUGUAUUGAAAUUAAAUAUUACAACUAUGAUUUUCACUAUUAGUAAUAUACGUAAAUUUUACACCCAAUCAGUUUUGUUCAAAAAUGCUAUUCAGUUAACUAAAGAUAGAUUUACAAAUUUAAAAAGAGGAUCAUAUGCUGUAUUAAAUGCUAAUGAUGUUGAUUAUUUUAAAAAACUAUUGGGGGAUAAUAAUUUUAUCACUGGUGAAGAAGUUAAAGCUUACAAUGAAGAUUGGUUAAAAACUGUUUGUGGUUCUAGCAAAUAUGUACUUAAACCUAAAACAACAGAACAAGUAUCAGAAAUUCUUAAAUAUUGUUAUAAGCAUAAUAUAGCAGUUAGUAUCCAAGGUGGAAAUACUGGUCUGGUUGGCGGUAGUGUUCCUGUUUUCGAUGAAGUUAUUUUAUCCACUUCUGCAAUGAAUAAAAUUAUUAGUUUCAAUAAAUUAUCAGUUUAUUUAGGUGUUUUGGUUUGUGAGGCUGGAUGUGUAUUAGAAAAUUUAAUGAAUUAUGUUCAAAACAAAGGGUUUAUAAUGCCGUUUGACUUGGGUGCAAAAGGCACUUGUCAGAUUGGUGGUAAUUUAGCAACCAAUGCUGGAGGAUUAAGAUUAAUUAAAUAUGGGAGUCUACAAGGAAGCGUGUUGGGAUUACAAGCGGUGUUGGCUGAUGGACAAGUUUUGGACUGUCUAAGUACACUAAAAAAAGACAAUACAGGAUAUCAUUUAAAACAUAUGUUUAUUGGUUCUGAAGGAACGUUGGGUGUUAUUACAAAAGUUGCGAUUCAUUGUCCAAAUGCUCCAAAAUUUGUUAAUGCUGCAUUUAUUGGUUUAAAAUCAUUUGAUAAAGUAUUGAGUUUCUUCUCAUUAAUAAGAAAAGAAUUUGGUGGAAGUCUUUCUUCAUUUGAAUUAAUGGACUCUGUUGCAAUAACAAGUGUACAAAAAAAUAUUGGUCUUAAAUGUCCAAUAGAUGACAACCUUGAAUUUUAUGUACUAUUAGAAUUAUCAGCUGAUAAUAAUUUCAUAAAUACUUCCAUACAAGAAGUUUUAGAACAAGCUUUAGCUGAAGAAAUAAUUGUAGAUGCUACUGUAGGUGAUCAACCAUCUGUAGUUCAGAACAUAUGGAAAAUAAGAGAAAACAUUCCUGAAAGUUUUUUAAGAUAUGGCUAUGUCUAUAAAUAUGAUAUAACUUUACCACAUGAAUUAUUUUAUGAAAUUGUUCCUGAAAUAAGGAAACGAUUAGAAAUAUUAGAUGUUAAAGCAGUUAGUGGCUAUGGACAUUUAGGUGAUGGAAAUUUACAUUUAAAUGUUGCGACAAAUGAACAUAGUGAUAAAAUAGUAUCUGCCAUUGAACCUUAUGUGUAUGAAUGGACUACAAAAUGUAAAGGAAGUAUAAGUGCUGAACAUGGAAUCGGUCUAUUAAAAACUAAAUAUUUAAAAUAUUCAAAAUCUGAUAUAGAAGUAGAUUUGAUGAAAAAAUUAAAAAAUACUUUUGAUCCAAAAAAAAUUUUAAAUCCAUAUAAAAUUUUUCCUCAAGAUGAUAUUAAUUAA